AUGCUGGUCGCGAGUGCGAAGAAGCCGCUGGCGGGCGCGGCGUCGCCGCGUUUCGGCGCGGCGCUGUGCGGGAAGCGGGCGCGGAGCGGACUGGAAAGCGAGCGAUCCGGGCUCUGCGGCGCUCCCCAGCGGCUCUUUUUUUUGCAGAAACUUUCCCAAGACGGCCUGCGUGGUGAGGCGAGCUUUGAAAGUCCCUGCUGCGCGUUUGCAGCCACUUCUCGCGGCUGUGCAGCGAGCGCCGCGAAGGGCCGGCUGCUCGCGCUGGCCCGCAGCGCCGCGCAGCAGCAAGAGCUCUUCGACGGCUUCUCCAGAACUGCCAGCGAGCGCUGCGAGCCGCUCUUUGAAGUCCUUUCGGAGCUCUCUAAGGCUCUCCGCGAGGACUGCGGGCUGGCCUUCCCCGCUGCUGCUGCUGCGCUGCAGCAGCUGCAGCGCAGCGCCGCAGGCCUUUCCCAAGUGCUGCAGCGGCUCGCGGCCAGAAAGGCCGCGGGGGCCCUCGAGGCCCAAAAGCUCGAAGGCCAAAUUCAAAACUGCAGCGCCAGGGCCGCUCUGCUGCAGCAAACAAACCCGCAGGUAAAAAGGCCCUUUUGCUUCUUUUUUUCAAGUCUUUGUUGCUUUUUUGUUGGAUUAUUUGUUUGUUGGAUUCUUUUGUUUGAAGGAUUCUUUUGUUUUUGGAUUCUUUUGUUUGUUGGAUUCUUUUGUUUGAAGGAUUCUUUUGUUUGA